AUGGAUCCAGGAAUUAACAGACAUAUACAAUCUACUGUCGAUGAGGCACAAUCAGCGUUGUUCUCUCGUUUGGACGUAUUAAUGUCAGAGAAGUUGGGUGAAUUAGAGGCCAAAAUCCAUGCAAAACAGGUUGACAUUUCCAAUGUUCAGCGAGCGCAAAUACGACAGGACAUUAUCGGUGUGGACAAUCAUAAAUUCACUAAAAAGAGCUGCGAAGAGCAAUUCAAGUUCAACCGGAAGGUCGCUUCUAAGUUACAAGAAGCUGAUGAAAUAUCUCUACACGACCCUCAGGCCACCAAAUCCCUUAUUGCCAAAGGUAUGGACUUGAUUAAUCAUCGGCAAAAGCUUAUCAAACUGGCCGACACGUCGGAGGCUGGAUGGAAAGCCGUCGAGGAGUAUAUUUCUAAUCCCCUCGCCUCGGACUCGGACGACGAGAAACGGAUGGACCGGGCCCGGUCAAGAGCGGACCGUAAAAUCAAGGCGGCUAAGCAAAAAUCUACUAAAUGGAGAUCUCGAUAUUCGCCUUACCAACGUAGUACCUACUCAACCCCAGCCGAACACUCAGGACAAUCGGACAAAGUGAUCCCCGUCAGGACCCCUAGGCCUGGGGUGUGCUAUGGUUGUGGAAGGGCCGGACAUUGGAGGUCAGAGUGCCCAGCCAUGUCAGCUGUUGGACCCAGCAACGGUCAAAAGAUAAGUAGUAUUUUUGAUACUAAGCAUGUUGAGCUUGACGUUAUUUCUACCGUCUCGGCGGUUAGAGUAAAAAGGGCGAUUUCGCCGUUUGGUAGAUUGAAUAAGUGUUUAGCUUAUUGGAAAGGUACUGGCGCCAGCGAUAGUGUUUUAUCGGUAAUAGCCGACGGUUAUAAGUUGCCUUUUAAAGAAAUCCCUCCAAAUGUUCGUUUGAGAAACAAUAAGUCUGCUCGUGACAAUCUUCAGUUUGUUAACACGGAGGUUGAGAAUUUACUGAGCAUUGGCUGUAUAUCCGAGGUCAAAGUUCAGCCACGUGUUGUCAAUCCUCUGACAGUAGCGUACAACCGGGCAGGUAAACCGCGUCUUGUCUUAGAUUGUCGCCACAUAAAUGUGUUUCUCCACAAGUUCAAAUUUAAAUACGAGGAUGCGAGGGUUGCUCGAGAUUUGUUUCAUCAAGGCGAUUUUUUGUUCACUUUUGAUUUAAAGUCAGCCUAUCAUCACAUUGAAAUUUAUCCUGAACAUAGAAAUUUCUUAGGUUUCGAGGUCGAAAUGGGCGGAGUCGCGCGACUCUUUGUAUUUAACGUUCUCCCGUUUGGUAUCUCUACGGCGGGUUAUAUAUUCACAAAGGUCUUACGACAGGUAGUCAAGCACGUGCGUGGUCAAGGUCACAAACUAGUUAUGUUUUUGGACGACGGCAUUGGUGGUCAUGGUACGGUAGGCGGGGCCAACGUAGCCAGUCAAUGCGUAAAGAGAUGUUUGAGAGAUUACGGUUUCCUUAUCGCGGACGAAAAGUGCCAAUGGGAGCCAUCCCAGGAUGUCACGUGGCUCGGGUACACGUGGGCAAUGAUAGAAGGCGUGCUUAGAGUUUCCACCGACAGGGUUGACAGAUUGGUGUCAUUGUUGAAACACACUAUGUCGUUAGUCUGUAGCAGAGGUCAACUGUUGUUCUCGGCCAGGUAUAUCGCCAGCAUUGUAGGGCUGGUCAUAUCAAUGCACAGUGUAAUAGGAUCGAUGGUUCGAUUGCGUACGCGUGAACUUAGCGCAAGUUUGUUGACGAGAGCCAGCUGGAAUGCUGGAGUGUUUUUGAGCGCAGAGGCGCUGAACGAAAUAGAAUUUUGGCUUUCUAAUGUACAAACUUUAAACGACAAAGGGUCGACAUUGAGGGAGAGUAAAAAAUGUUCAAAGGUAAUUUGUACCGAUGCCUCUGAGGUAGGUUACGGAGGUUUUGUUAUCCCCUGUGUGGAUCCUCUUAUGGAGGGAGAUGAAACACUUAGUGCCGAGGACACUGGUUAUAUGCAUGAGGCAUUGGCCUUGGCUGAAGGCGACGGUUUUAUUCCAAGUGUGGAAAGGUUGUACGAGCAUGGUGACUGCGUGGUCAUGGGAACAUGGGACAGUGACGAGCGCGUGCGUAGUUCCACGUGGAGAGAGUUGGAGGCAGCGAAGCGCGUAUUGUUUACUACUAUAGAUCGGGUCAGAGGUCACAAUGUCAGGUUAUUCAUGGAUAACAAGGGCGCAUGUACAAUCGCUCGGGUGGGUAGCGGUAAAACACACUUACAGAAGGUCGCUAUGGACAUGCAUAGGCUUACGUCCAGUAAUAGUGUUAACCUGGUAACACAGUGGUUGCCCAGAAAUAGCAAUAAAACCGCUGAUUUUCUCAGCAGAUGUUCUGAUUCCGAUGAUUGGUCUGUUCAGGCUUGGGUGUUUGGUGUUUGUGAGAAGAAGUGGGGACCACAUGAAGUUGAUCGUUUCGCUUCAGAUUACAAUAAAAAAUGCACUCUUUUUAAUUCCCGGUGGUGGUGUCCGGGUACGGAGGCUAUUGACGCUUUUACCGUGUUCUGGGGGAGGGUAAACAACUGGUUAGUGCCCCCUCCCCGGCUUGUUUGUAAGAUGUUUGACAAAAUGAAGGCAGACCAGGCCUAUGGGACAUUAGUGGUUCCAGCUUGGCGUUCAGCAGCUUUCUGGCCUGUUUUAUGUCAGGGGGACAAAUUUGCUAGUUUUGUUAAAGAUUACACCUCGUUAUCGAAAAACAGGGUAACGAUCGGUGGCAGGGGGAACAACGGGAUUUUUGAGAAAGGUGUAUUAUCUUUCAACAUGCUUGCACUACGAUUAGAUUUCCGUCAUUGA